AUGGUUGCAAGCAGUCAACCAUUAGCAAGUCAAGUAGGCUUAGAAAUUUUAAGAAAGGGUGGCAAUGCUGCGGAUGCUGCAGUAGCUACUGCUGCUGCUUUGAAUGUAACAGAACCAUCAUCAACCGGUAUCGGUGGUGAUUGUUUUUGUUUGUUUUACGAUGCAAAAACAAAAAAAGUACAUGGUUUGAAUGGAUCAGGAAGAUCUCCUAAAAAACUUACUUUGCAAUACAUAAGAGAUGUUGUUGGAAUCGGUGAUGAUCGUAUGCCUCACUCCAAUAUCAAUUCUGCAACAGUUCCCGGUGCUGCUGCUGGAUGGAUUGAUACUGUGGAUUGGUUUGGUAGUGGUAAAUUGAAAAUGAUUGAAAUUUUAAAGCCUGCUAUUGAUUUGGCUGAAAAUGGUUAUCUGGUUUCAGAAAUAAGUGCAUGGCAGUGGAAGAAUGGAGAAGAUAGUCUUCUUAAAGCAUCACCAAAUGCGCAUGAAUUGUUAAUUGAUGGCCGUGCACCAGUAACAGGCGAAAUUAUCUAUCUUCCAACCCUGGCUAGGACAUUUAGAGAUUUGGCUGAAAAAGGAAAGGAUGGAUUUUAUAAAGGUCGUGUUGCUCAGGCAAUUGUUGAUUUAAUGGAAUCUAAAGGAGGUUUAAUGUCUUUAGAAGAUCUUGAAUCUCACACCACAACUCGUGUAGAACCUAUUAGCAUUAAUUAUAAAGGUGUUACUGUUUGGGAAUGUCCGCCAAAUGGACAAGGUAUAACUGCCUUGAUAGCAUUAGGUAUUCUGGAAUCGCUUCAAGAAUCUGGAAAAAUUCCUGAGAUUCAAAAACUUGAACAUAAUUCUGUGGAAUAUUUACACGCGUUAAUUGAAAGCUUGCGACUAGCAUUUGCUGAUUCUACAUAUUAUGUGACAGACCCUGACGUUCACAAUGUUCCUGUAAAAGAAUUGCUAUCAAAGGAAUAUCUUUCAUCGCGAGCAAAACUUUUUGAUCCUACAAAGGCUUCUGUAGAUGUUCAAAAAGGAUCGCCUAUUAACUCGAGCGAUACUGUAUAUUUUUCAGUAGUAGAUAAAGAAGGAAAUGCAUGUAGUUUUAUUGCAGCAAUUCCAAAAGGUUGUGGUUUCCCACUUCAAAGUCGUGGAGUGGGAUUUGUAUUAAAAGAAGGACAUCCAAAUUGUCUUGAACCAUCCAAACGACCAUAUCAUACUAUAAUACCUUCAAUGGUGACAAAAGGAAAUGAGUUAUGGUUAACUUUCGGAGUUAUGGGGGGAUUUAUGCAGCCACAAGGGCAUGUGCAAGUUAUCUUGAACUUGUUACAUCAUAGUAUGAAUCUACAGACAGCACUGGAUGCACCACGAAUAUGUAUUGGAAUUCCAAAAAAAGUUCAAGAAGUUUUUACUUCCCCAAUAUUUGUGGAAGAAGGAAUUGAUGAGAAUGUUGUACAGGAACUGAGAAAACUUGGUCAUGAUGUGAAGAUUGUGAAAGGUUGGAAUAGAAAGAUGUUUGGUAGAGGCCAAAUCAUUGAACGAACCAUUGAUAAAAGAUCGGGUAAAGGUGUUUUAGCUGGUGGUAGUGACCUUAGAGGUGAUGGACAAAAAUUAAGAAAAUUAACGCUUCCAAAAAAAGAAAACAUGUCAAGACUCUCUUUUGGAGAUGUUACAGAUGGUGUGAAUAAUUCAAUAGACAUUGCUCAGAAUAUUUCUUCAGCGGUCACUGGUAGUAAUUUAGAAGCAGUUAAACAGGUGGUUAAUGUAGUUGGUGCAGUCGGUGAAGCUGUUAAACCAUUUGUUCCACUUAUAGGCAUUGUAACUGUUUUGGUGGGGGAAAUAAUUAAAGUUUAUGAAAAUGCUCAAUAUAAUAAAAAAAUUUGCAAUGCUUUUCUUGAUCGUGUAGAAGCUGCUCAAUCAUCAGUUAAAUAUUUACAACGAAGAAAAGAAGAGAAUCUAAAAACAUUUCAGGAUGAGACAUACUAUAAAAAUUUUCUACGUUUUACUGAGGUUUUGAGACAAGUGAAAGCUUUCCUUGAACAGGUAACUCAACUUCAUGGAUACAAAAGAUUUUUGAAUGCAGGUAGUGUUAAAGACAAAUUUGAAUCACUUGCCAAGGAUUUUGAUUCUGUUAUGAGUGAUUUACAUUUCACACUAACAGUGUCUGCUCAGAGACAAAAUGAAAUUGAUCAAAAAAGUUUAAAGGAAGAUCUCGAUGAGAUGAAUAAGUUUUUAGAUGCUAUUCAUGGUGGCAUUGUUGAUAAUAAUAAACAACUCAAUACAGUACUUCAAGAAGUUUUGAUUAUAAAAG